AUGGUUUUUCGUCAUAUGUUAAUGCCGUCGAUAACGUCGCGUGAUUAUAUACCAAGUCUGAAUCCAAUAUUUGCUGGUAAUCCAUUUUCGUACAGAAUGCAUAAUCCAUUCACCGGUUUAUGUCAGCCUUAUGAAAAUCAGCAACAACUACAAAAAAAUUCAAGAAAUACUAAUAAUAAACCAUCUGUCGAUCCAGUUGAUGAGACUGUUGAUGAUAGUAGUACCAUUUAUGAUGAUGAUCCAAAAGUAGAAUUAGAUAAUAAAGAAUUGUGGGAUGAAUUUCAUAAUCAUGGGACAGAAAUGGUUAUCACAAAAUCAGGAAGAAGGAUCUUUCCAGCAUUUAAAGUAAAAGUAACCGGUCUUUCUGAACAAGCCAAAUAUGUAUUUUUAAUGGAUAUUCAAGCAGCUGAUAAUCAUCGAUAUAAAUUUCACAAUUCUAAAUGGAUGAUAGCUGGAAAUGCUGAUCCUGAGAUGCCAAAACGUCUUUAUGUUCAUCCUGAUUCACCAGCAACAGGUGAACAAUGGAUGUCAAAACUUGUAUCAUUUCAUAAAUUAAAAUUAACAAACAAUAUUUCUGACAAAAAUAGUUAUACAAUAUUAAAUUCAAUGCAUAAGUAUCAGCCACGAUUACAUAUCGUAAAAACAAAUGAGUUAAUCAAAAUACCAUGGGCACCUUUUCGAACGUUUAUAUUCAAGGAAACACAAUUUAUUGCUGUAACAGCAUACCAAAAUGAAAAAAUCACACAAUUGAAAAUUGACAAUAAUCCAUUUGCAAAAGGUUUUAGAGACAAUGGACAAGGCAAACGCGAUAAAAGACGACUCAAUUUUGAAUUAUCGAACAAUUCUACACAUCCACAUAGUGAUGACGAGGAUUUUAUUGAUGUUGAAUCGACUAGCACUAUUGCCAAUAACAUUAUCGCACCACGAUGUAUUAAUGAGAAUGACUGCAAAAACAGGACCCCAUCUUCAUCUUCAACCAAUACAACAAUUUCGGCUCCAUUAUUACUUUAUCCAACUCUUAAUACAACAAUAUCGCUUCCUAUUCUUCAUCAGUUGGAAAAUUCAACUGAUUUCAAAAUCGAUAAAAAUGCUAGCUCGGCGAAUGAUUUAAAACAUUCUGUACCAGUAAAUGAUAGAAUAAUAUCGAAACGUUCGAGACUUGACAGUGAUAACGAAGAGAAUAGUCAAAUAAAUAAACGAGUUAAACAACAAGACGAACAACAUACUCGCUCAGCUUUUGUCAGACAUGAUUUGCGUAAUAUCGAAACAUUGAUUGAACCAAAUAAAAAAGAAUUGCCGUCCAUACCAUCUCAUUCACCGCCAUUAUCACAGCAUUUGCUUUCAAAUCACAAUCAAACAUUAGAACCAAAUUAUUUAUGGUUAUUAUACGCAAAUGCAUUAGCUCAAGUCCAUUCACCAUCGUCUCACAUUUAUGGUAGUGGUUCUAAGAGUAUAUUGAAUAAUAUUCCACUAAUGCCUCCAACAUCACUAGUGUUGUCCACGAAUCAUCCGAUGGGCGCAUUACAACGUUAUUUAUCAUUUACUAACAAUCCGACAAUGUCACCAAUGUUUAUGAACACAUUGUCCUAUCAACCACAUUUCACCAAUCAUCCAUAUCAUAAAAUUUUGAAUGAAACAAAUUUACAUUAA